CAGCGAGCGGCCCCACUGACCUAGGCUCUCUGCUGACCUCUACUGACGCAGUGACCGCUGCUGACUGACACUGUGCUCCUGAACUAUAGUCCACCCUCGGCGCUGCUGAUACACUGCUGGAUCUUGGAACGUUCUCCUGAUCUCCUGCCUGCUGGCUCGAGUCCCCUGUCGCGCACCAAAACGCUUGACCAGAUGCCAGCAGUCAUCGAACCAGCCUCAUCCGGCCCCGUUCCGCCCACCAUGACGUCUGGCCCGCCCGUGGCGAGUUCCCACGAACACUGUAGUGACCGAUUGCCCCCCUGCGUUGCGUGCGCGCAUCCUGAUUCCCGCUGCAAUCAUGCCGUAGCCCCUGGCCUUAUCGAGAGUGGCGUACCCUGUGCACCAUCACCCGGCCACCACCACGCCACAGACACCAGGCCAAGUCACCAGGGUCAGGGCAUUCCUCGACGUUGCUGUUCACCUCGAGCUGAGCUCGAGCUCAUCUCUCGGCUCGACGCAGCUAUACUUGGACAGCAUAUCUGUUGUAACAUGGCUGUCGAGGAUCGUACAAUACCGGCCCACUUGUCAUCUCUUCGCAACUUGGUGUCCACAUUCAUUCGCCGUCUCAUCCACCUCGACGCCGUUCAUUCACCGCCCACAUUCGCCGACCGUUGUUGAGCAACCGGCCCAGCCUGCCUUGGACGUCACCCCGCGCCUCGCCACUGCCACCGCGCUACCUGCCGACAUGAUCAGCCCCCCCGUUUCGUACGACCAGUCCCCGGCGGCCAUCUUUCCCGAGGACGAAGAUGCC